UUAAGCUUCUGCCCUCAGUCAAAAUGGCGCUUGCUCAAAAGCUGCCAAGGCGCUAGAAGUUGCCGAAACAGGUCCGGAAGCUACCGAGCGAGUCCGGAAGUUGCCGAAAGGGAGCAGCGGGGAAGGAGGAUGGCGGAUCUCAUCGCAAGACUUCGGGAGGACGGAAUCCAAAAGCGUGUAAUACAGGAGGGCCGAGGAGAGUUGCCAGACUUUCAGGAUGGCACUAAGGCCACGUUCCACUUUCGGACGCUGCACAGUGACAAUGAAGGCUCCAUUAUAGAUGACAGCCGAACACGAGGCAAGCCCAUGGAGCUCAUCAUUGGCAAGAAGUUCAAGUUGCCUGUGUGGGAGACCAUUGUGUGCACCAUGCGUGAGGGAGAGAUUGCCCAGUUCCUCUGUGAUGUCAAGCACGUAGUCCUAUAUCCUCUCGUGGCCAAGAGCCUCCGCAACAUCGCUGAGGGGAAGGACCCACUGGAGGGCCAGCGGCAUUGCUGUGGAAUUGCUCAGAUGCAUGAGCACAGCUCUCUGGGUCAUGCGGACCUGGACGCCCUGCAGCAGAACCCUCAGCCUCUCAUCUUCCACAUCGAGAUGCUGAAGGUGGAGAGCCCUGGCACCUAUCAGCAGGACCCAUGGGCAAUGACAGAUGAGGAGAAAGCAAAGGCAGUACCACUCAUCCAUCAAGAGGGCAACCGUUUAUACCGUGAGGGGCAGGUGAAAGAGGCUGCUGCCAAGUACUAUGAUGCUAUUGCCUGCCUCAAGAACCUGCAGAUGAAGGAGCAGCCUGGAUCACCUGACUGGAUCCAGCUGGACUUGCAGAUCACACCACUGCUACUCAACUACUGCCAGUGCAAGCUGGUGGCUCAGGAGUACUACGAAGUGCUGGAUCACUGCUCUUCCAUCCUCAACAAGUAUGACGACAAUGUCAAGGCUUACUUCAAGCGGGGUAAGGCCCAUGCUGCUGUGUGGAAUGCCCAGGAGGCCCAGGCUGACUUUGCCAAGGUGUUGGAGCUAGACCCUGCCCUGGCACCUGUGGUAAGCAGAGAGCUGCGGGCCCUGGAGACACGAAUCCGGCAGAAGGAUGAGGAGGACAAAGCCCGCUUCCGGGGCAUCUUUUCCCACUGACAGGGCCCCAGUUCUGCCCUGCCCUGCCAUGCCACACCCUGCCCUGCCAAGCCCACUGCUACCACCACCUGUCAAUCCCCCACUGCCACCUUGUGCUUCUGUGUAUAUAAAGGCCUUAUUUAUCUCUCUGGCUUUGCAGAGCUACUCCAUCCUGAAGGCUAGUCAUCAUUGGCUAGGUGCUUGGUAGACAGUGGGAGGGAAGAGAUCAGGUUCCUACCUCGUCCCCUACUGGUUUGUGCUAAAAUCUCUGGGAAUUUCUUUCUGGCCAAUACUAGCCUUGGGAGCCUCUAGUAUUUUGUUUUUGGUUUUUUGAGACAGGGUUUCUCUGUGUAGCUCCAGCUGUCCUGGAACUCACUCUGUAGACCAGGCUGGCCUCGAACUUGGAAAUCUGCCUGCCUCUGCCUCCAAAGUGCUGGGAUUCCUGCUGGCGAGCCUCUAGUAUUAAGCGGUAGAGAAAGCUCAGGCCACACUGGCUGCUCUAUCAGCCUCAGGGCCCACAGUCCCUGGCUUUCGGUUUGGAGACAGAAGUUUCCUUAGGGGCAGAAGUGAGGAGAGCUGCAGAGUAAGACACCACGUGACUCUCAUAAAAAAAUGCAAACACUGUCUGAGGUUGGGGGCAGGAGAAGGACUAGGCAAACUAUCUAGGAAAUGCCCUAGGGAAGUGCAGCCAGGGCCCUUGGGGAAAGUGAAAGUGAAGGGGCUCUGGCCUGGCCCUACCCUGUGACCCUGAGCAGGUCCUGGCCCUUUUCAGCACCUCAGUGUUCCAGACGGGAGGGCCUUGGUAGAGUGCAGUUGUUUAUUUUUAUAGAUUCACACACUGGAAAAGCUGCUGGGCCCUAGCCCACUCUCUCCUUCCUCCCCUGGGGGCUAGGGCCCCCAACCUCCACAGAGGGAAGAAAUACUGAGGACUCGUCACACAGGGCGUGGGGCCAGGACGGGCGCCAAAGGUCAAGGCCCCAGCCUCCCAGUCACUGAGGCCCCUUGAGUAUCAAUAAAUAACCCAGGUCCAGC